AGAUGCAGUCCCAAGAAGUUCUCCAAAUCUUUUCAACUACUUGAAAGUUUCUAAGUUUGGUUGAAAUAUUCCUCUGAAGAAAAAUGCAAUAGUCAUGGCUAAAUAAUGAAAUUAAAUUUCAUUUCACUAGAAGGGCAUUAGAGAACAAAAACUUGAGUGUCUACCCCACUAUCCUAUUUUAUUAGAUUUAUUGAGUUCUCUUCUCUAUUUGAUGUCCAAAGAUGAUAGUAGGCCAUGAUGUUUCUUCAUAAGUACACAAUAUGUCCAUAUAACACAUGAAUUUGCAAUUCUUGUAAUGGCUGGCUAGACAAAUCCAUGUGAUGGGUCAUGAUCUGAUCUCUAACAUUGAAUCCUUGGCUUGUCAAUCUCUCUAACUCAGAGUACUCUAGCCAUUUCAUCUAUAUAAAGGCCAUGUAAUUGGGUUCACAAUCAACAAGAGUCUUCCACAUUCCCACCAUCAGAAGCAAUUUUCUACUUGCAUACUCCCUUCAGUGUCUAAUCUCUUUGAAAAGUAUUGUAACACAAUGGGUUUCCGUUUACCUAGUAUUGUUCAUGCUAAGCAAAGUCUUCGACGAUCUCCAUCAACGGGAAAUGGAGCAUCUCCGAGAGCUGCAGACUUUCCGAAGGGCUACUUUACAGUUUAUGCUGGCGAGGGACAAAAGAAGCGUUUUGUCAUCCCACUAUCUUACUUGAACCAACCUUUGUUUCAAGAUUUGUUGAGUCAAGCAGAAGAAGAAUUUGGAUAUGAGCAUCCAAUGGGCGGCAUCACAAUCCCCUGCAGUGAAGAAAUUUUCCUCAAUCUCACAAAUAGUCUAAAUGACUUAUGAGCCAAAAGGAUUAGCAGUUAGAUAUAGAUGGAACAGGAACAGAGAAAGGAUUAGAAUAGCAUAGAACAUAUACAGACGAAGAGUCUCUAAUAUGGAGAACUUGAUUCUUUGAUAUUGUUAUAUAGUUAAAAAGUGUUUUCAUCAUUGAAAACUGGUCAAUGAAACGACUGGAUGAUAUUGCUUGAAAAUCUUAUUUUCCUUUCUCCCCCACAUUUAUUUUAUAUAGUGACCAAUAGACCAUGUAGA